GAUGGCGCUGUUUUUUAAGGAUGAGUCGUCAGUUAGUAGGAACUGGAAGACCGGCCUUAAAUUAAAAGAAUUGUUUGGGAUUAAUUGUUUAUGUGGCGUCGAGUUACGUUUUUGUAGCCUUUUUUAGUAAAGAAAUCUCGUCGAGCUUAUCGUGCUGAUCAUGGCUGAAGACAGGGAAAUUUUACGUGAGAUCUGGGAAGGCAGAUUGCCAGUCUGUUUUACAUUAGCCACAGAAGAAGUGUCAACACCAAUUGCACCAGAUCCCUUCUAUCUUAUGGUUCCACGACUGACUUAUUUUCCUCUCGUCACAGAUAAAGUUCGCAGACAUUUUGUAAGAUGUGUUGUUCCCGAAAAGCAUGACAACGAAAUGUGGCUGGAAUUUGAAAGACACCCUCUUAAGUGGCAUUAUCCUAUUGGACUCCUCUAUGAUCUGUUUGUUUCAAAUUCGGAAUUACCAUGGCAGAUUACUGUCCACUUUGACAAAUAUCCUGAUAACAAGAUACUCAAAUGCCCCUCAAAAGAUGUUGUUGAAUCCCAUCUGAUGCAUAGUUUAAAAGAAGCUGAUGCUUUGAAGCAUAAGAACCACAUAAUGGCUCUAAUGCAAGAACGUGACCACAAGCAGCUUUGGUUGGGACUUUUACAUGACAGAUUUGACCAAUUUUGGUCAGCCAAUCGAAAAUUAAUGGAACAUAGCGCCGAGGAUGGUUUCCGCUACAUUCCCUUUCGUUUAUAUGUCCCCCAAUUGACUUCUAAGCCUUUCGUUCAAUAUUUGAUUAAACCAGUUGAGAAUGAGAAAAAACUGGUUGUGGAAGACUUACUUCAGAGGGCAAAUCUCAAUUUUGAAUCCAAAGGACCGUUUCAAGUAGUCAUUCACGGAAUUGAUAUCCCUUUAGAAACCCCUCUUCAAUGGAUAAGCGAACAUUUAAGUUAUCCAGAUAACUUUCUACAUCUAUGCAUUCGAUACUCUCAGACAUAGACGUAUUGAGGCAUGGCGUAUGCAUUUUUGAUUUCUAUUUGUUUCCACUGUAUAAUAAUGUUUUUGACGAAUUUUUUCCUCUCGGGGUUUCUAUUUUCCGUACGGACAAGGUUAGGUGUCCUGUUAGUCAUAUGACUUUGUACGCCCUUUCUUUAUCGGCUCCCUAUUUUGAUAUACAUAGUGUACAUUUUUGGUCAUUAAUAAUGUUAAUAUUGAAGGUCUUUUUCACAGA